UCGAUAUUGUAAAGAGUCGAAAAACGAUCUCUCGGUCGGUCUGCCUAUUCGUUGCUGUCGGUUAAGCUUCUAUUGAGGCGACACAACACCGCGUCACAACAAAGUCAAAUAUUUUAAAGCGUAUGCGAAUUUGGCGCGUUUAAUUGUCGUUGUGAAAUGUUAGCAAAAGUAAUUCAAUAGAAAUAAAAAUGUGUUUUCUUGCAAAUAAUUCAAAAGGUGUAGCAAAACACAAAGCAAAGUGAAUAAAGUACGAAUUCAAAACAUUUUGUUUUAAUCCUUAAAUAUUUAAAAGGUACGUUGAAUUUUUCUCCAACACCAUCACCACCACCUUCCCGUCCCUCAAAAAAUCUUCUACGCCUGAAAUCAAUAGUGCCAUUUGAAAUGCAGUGAAAUUUGAAACUAUGCAUGGAUAUUGUUGUCUGCGAGUGUUGCCAUUGAUGCAUCAUGAUUCGUUUGCAAAUGUCAAAAUGGAUAUAGUAUUUGGCAUCCACAUCAACGGUAGCUGCAACAUCUAUGACAGCAGCUCGAACAUGUUCAUUAAAUGCAACAGCCACAGCAAUAUCAAAUAUUGUUAUUGCAAUAAUAACGAAAACAACAACUACAAAUUAAAGCAAAUUAAAAUACUGGCCAAGAAAACACCAACAAUCAGCAAUUACGCGUUAUAAAAAAAAAACAACAACAACAAAAUUAAGAAAUUCAAAACCCGCCGCCGUUAGUUUUGUAAUCGAGUAAUCAAACAAAAAAAAAGUAAAAAAUAAUACAAAUGAGAAAACCCAAGAAAAGAAAUAUGGAUUACGUUUUAUUUCACAUGAAAUAGUAACAAAAAAAAAACUAAAACAAAAGCAACAAAAAGUUAAGUUUUUGAAUGAAUAAAACGUAAUUGAAAACCAAACAAAUGCAAAUGCUUUCCGACAUCAGCAGUCGCCACGUGUUGAUUGAUUUAUGCAAUUGAGAGAGUAAUAAAAAGAAAAUUUGCAGCAGUGGCAGGAAUACAAAGUUAUUUGACAAUUUAUUCAAAUUUUGUGAUGUCUACAGAAGACGUAUCACCACCGAACUUUACAGAACGGAACAGUGGCUACUAUGAACGGAGUUCUCGAUUAGUUGCCGACACCGAUUCCUACAUAAGGCGUUCCAAUAGCAAUAGCAACAAUAAUUAUCAAAGCAACAGUAGUGGCAACAACAACAAUAAUACAUCAACUAAUCCGGAUAACAGUAGAAGUCGUACCAGAGAUAGAUUAUAUAGAAAUGGUCCACAUACCGCAGCGGCUGGUGGUGUUUCAACGGCUAGUACAUCAUCAUCUGCAGCAACAACAGCACUGAGUGAAAGAAACUCAAGUGUCGGCGCUGCAAGCAAACACAAUAAUAACAGCCGUGUUCCGCCUGCGUCAUGGUACGAAGCUGCUGCGACGUAUACAAACGGUCCUGGUGGCAGUGGCAAUGCCGACGUCUCAGCAGCAAAUAUCAGCAACCAUUAUCAAACUGCCGCCUCAACAGAUUUACAGACAGCAGCAGCGUCAACAUCAAAUUCCACCACAAAUCCUUCUUCUGCAUAUACCGCAUAUUCCUCCUACGCUUCUUCACCUGCCCACAACAGCAAUACGAGCUUGUCGUCAACAACGACAGCGACAGCUGCAACCGCUGCCACUUCAUCGCGCAACAAUUCCGCGAUUUACGGCGGCAACGCAUUAAAUACGGCAGGUGUCGCUGGUGGUUACAACCAUCAUCAGCAACAGAGAGACCACAAUUCCACGGAAUCAUCGCCGUUGUUAAAUAAAAAUAAGCAAAAGCUUUUAAAAUCCUGCUCCCUAUCAUCGCGCAGUGGUUCAGCGUCACCAACAUCAGUAACGGCAACGGCAGCAGCGGCAAAAAUGACUUCAUCGUCGACAUCGGCCGCAACUGCAUCCAGUUCCUCAACGUCGUCGUCGUCUUCAUCAUCAGCAACAACAUCGGCCACCAACAACAACAACAACAACAACAAUCAAGCGGCAAAUAAUAAUAGUUGUAGUAGCAUUAGUAGUACAAUCAAUAGUAGUAAUACAAAUAAUAAUAGUUUACAAACGUCGACUGCAAACAUUGCAGCAGACAAUAGCAACGUUAGCGGGAUUCUAAAUGCCGCUGCGUUGGCGGCAGCCGCCUCUAAUGGCAAUUCAUCGACAGAUGGUCAACACCACCACCACCACAAAAGUAGUACUAGUAGCAAUAAUAAUCAUUCAAAUCCUUCAUCGUCGAAUGCCUCUGCCUCAGUAAACACAACAUCCUCCUCCACUUCCAAUAAUCCUUCAACAUCUGCCUCGCAUCACACAUCGCGCUCAGCGGUGCAUGCGCAUUUUCAUGGACGUAGUACAACGUCUUCAAGCCGUUCGCAUUCCCGUUCGCCGAGUAGCUACAGUUCUUCUCAUAGCUCUUCCUCGUCGUCAUCAUCUACAGCCUCGUCACAUUCACAUGCCUCGAGUCCCAUAGGAGGCCGAGAUGUAGAAGCAUCAUCAUCCUCCACAGCCCAGGCAACAAGUCGCAGUUCACGCAGCCUCCAGUCUGCUGUGGCGGUGCCCGGCACAUCGUCAGCUCUUAAUCCCAGUGGAUCAAAUGUUUGUAGCAGCAGUAGUAGCAGUUCAAGCUCCACGAGUUCGGGCACACCAUCUGCCAACCCUGUUGUACAUUCCGAAGACAAUCGACCCCUGGCGAUACGAGUACGAAAUUUACCUGCCCGCUCUUCAGAUACCUCGCUCAAGGAUGGUCUCUUCCAUGAGUAUAAGAAACAUGGCAAAGUGACAUGGGUUAAAGUGGUGGGGCAAAAUGACGAACGUUAUGCUUUGGUGUGUUUUAAGAAACCCGAGGAUGUAGAAAAAGCUUUGGAAGUAUCUCAUGACAAGUUAUUUUUUGGCUGUAAAAUCGGAGUAGAACCUUAUCAAGGUUACGACGUCGAAGACAAUGAAUUUCGUCCCUACGAGGCAGAAUUAGAUGAGUAUCAUCCCAAAUCAACGCGUACGCUUUUCAUUGGCAAUUUGGAGAAGGAGAUCACUGCCAGUGAGUUGCGGCAGCAUUUUGAAUGCUUCGGCGAAAUUAUUGAGAUCGAUAUAAAGAAGCAGGGCACGUCCGCUUAUGCGUUUUGUCAGUAUUCCGAUAUUGUGUCUGUGGUUAAAGCUAUGCGUAAAAUGGAUGGCGAACAUUUGGGAAAUAAUCGCAUUAAAUUGGGUUUUGGAAAAUCAAUGCCUACGAAUUGUGUUUGGAUAGAUGGUAUUGGGGAAAAGAUCUCCGAAUCGCACUUGCAAUCUCAGUUUUCGAGAUAUGGUGCGGUCAGCAAAGUUGUUAUAGAUCGAGUGAAGCAAUUGGCCUUGGUUUUAUACGAGCAAAUCCAAUAUGCCCAGACAGCGGUAAAAGAGAUGAGGGGGGCAACACUAAGGGGGCGUAAGUUGCAAGUGGAUUUUGCUUCGAGGGAAUGCCAAGAUGCGUUUUAUGAGAAAUUGGAAAAACAAACUGCAGGGUCCCGCUUUAGCAGAUAUGAAUCCCAAUCACGCUCCCGGGCAUCAUCCUUUAGUCGGCACCAAAAUUCCAAUGAUGGUUGUUCGCCUAACAACACUCCUGGCAGCAGCAGCAGUAGUAGUGUCGGUAUUCCACCAUCGGCUCCCACUAUAUCAUCUGCCAUUGUGGCUGGAGCAUCGCUAAUUUCCACUUCGAACAACACUAGCACCACAUUGCCAUCGGUGGUGGGCCAAACUUCGGGAAACACUACUCCAGCCCGCAGCAGAGGAUCUCGAAGCUCUCGCCAUACCAUGGAUUAUGAUUAUAUUGAUACCCGUAGGUUUCGAUCGUAUGAUGAAUAUAGUCAAGGAUCCGGAGCUUCGCAUGAUGAAGACGCAGCGAUUUCCAAUCACCCGGCAUCAUCAUCUAAUACCAACUCUUACAGUGGCAUCGGCCUUAGGUCCGAUUCACCGUUGCUAUCACGACUAGGACCAAUCGUGAGUAGUAGCGGUAAGGAGUCAAGUAGUGAUAUGCUGGAGAUGGCUUUAAGUCGUCGACGCUGUGAUAAAAGUCCUGGAAAACAAAAAGGUGAUGUGCGUUUGUUUCAAAAGGAACGAGCAGUUUUAUUGGAACAGCUUGAAGAGUGCCCGUCCAGUGGUGAUGAAAGUAUAGUAAGCCCGCGAAAGCGUAUUAAGAUUGAUCAUCAUUCCAUUAAUUCCAGCAGUGGAUUGUCACAGUCCCAUUCGUUGGAAGAACAAACACAACCAAGUAAAAACUCAAACUGUGAUUACCUUCCAAAUGAUUCAAUGCAUCGUAAAGGCGAAGUGAGAAGGCUCUCGGAGUGCAGUACUACUCUCAAUAAAUACCAACAUCAAGGCAAUCAUCACCACCACUCUCAUCAUGCGAUAAAUCCUCAUCAUCACCACCAUCAACAGCAACAAUUGUGUCGUCGACCGUCCAUUGAUUUUUUGGCGACUGGUGUUGGCAGUGGCGUCGGGGGUUCUGGCAGUGGUGGUGGGGGUAAUAAUAGCAGUGUAUCUGCGCGUCACGGCAGUACAAGUAGUUCAAAUAGCGAUCAUCACCCGCCACCACAUCAAUCAUCAUCGUUGGCCUGCAAGAGAAGAAGGGUCGUAGGAAGUGGCAGCAGCAGUGCUUUAAGCACCAAUGCAGUACUUUCAAGUUCCAGCAGCAUGGGGGGUGCAAAUGUGGGAACUUUUGCAAACGAUGAUUUCCAUCAUCAUGCUUCAAGAGGACGUGGUCAUCAAUUACAUUCCCAUCAUUCACAUGAGGCUAGUGGCGGAGAAAGCGCAGACGGCUCAAGACCAGGUACACCUUUAUGCGAUGAAAGGCCCGAAGUUUUACCCAGUGAGCCACGUAGAGUGCCGCGCGAAAGACCUCGUGAGCCAAUGGUGUUACCCUUACCCAAAUUUGGCAUACAAUUCUUUCAGCAAUAUCGCAAUAGUGCAGGAUCGCAUAGUGGCACACCCACAUCUUAUCACCAUCAUCAUAGCAGUGGUGGUGGAAGCAACAAUAGCAGCAGUGGUUUUGCAAGUUCUUCUGCUGCUGUUGGUAGCACCAACUCCGGAAAUUCUCAUAUGCUGUCAAACAGCUUAAUGAGUCGCGGGGGUGGAAUUGGUGAAGGAGGAGGCUUAAAUAGCAGUAAUCAUUCUAGUCUUAGUCAUAGUUCUGCAACAGCGACAUCUACAACCACAACGUCUGGGAUGUCAAUCGGUUCGUCGUCAAGCGCCUGUUAUUUGCCCAGCCCGUCAACACGUUACCAGCCUUGGCGACCGCACCAUCAUCAUCAUCACCAUCAUCAUCAUCAUCAUGGCAGUGGGCAUCAUGGUGGUGCAACACCAUCUUCUACGUCCUCAAUGGUAAGCCCAAUGAGAUCUCGUUCUCUCAGCUCGAAUUCCAGUGAUUCUGAUGUGACAGGGCAGGCAAGUGGAAGUCCAUCGUUAGAGGAACGCAUACGCAUUAUAGAUGAAAUGUAUGAGCGUUGGUCAGGAGGCAGCAGCACCAACACCGCUGCAUCAAACGUAGUCAAACGACAUGAUUUCAGCAACACACCUCCAACCUGGCAACACCAUCGUUCAUCAUCUCAAACUGAUCUGCAUCAUUCGACUGGAACAACAACAACAACCACAACUACAACAACCGAUGCAAGACCAAGUGCACCCACCACACCCGCUAGUCGACAUAAAUUUCUGGACAUUGAUGUCAAGGAAAUACAACCGUCAGAAAUUGUCAAAUCGGUUUUGGCUAAAAAAUCGAUUUUUGAUGAUGAUCUGCAGCGUUUGAAGAAAAACCAUUGGUAUGAACCAUCAACAGAUUCCUCCCAAAUGUCGAAAAAUGUUGUGGGCGUAUGUACAUCUCCCGGUCUGCCCAAUCUACAAGCUACCAAAACGCCGGUAGUGGGCUGCGCGACGACGACACUUCCCACAUCCUGCGUUGGUAGUUCAAUUGGAAAGCCAUCAGGUGCACUAUUGCAACGUCUGACCAGCCUUUCGCCCAUGAACUCACCUCAGGCAUCAAUAUCACCAUACAACAGUCCAUCCAUGUCCCCAUCGGUUAAUAGUGUCUCCACUCUAUCUGCAUUGAAUACUAAAACAACAACAAGUAAUAGUGGGACAGCUAUGGCUUCACCGUUACAGGUCGGCAGCAUAGCUGGAGUUGGUGCUGGUGCAUCACCAGCAUCCGCAGGAGGCAGCAAAUGUUUGCAAUAUCCCUUUCCGACACAUCCGCCAUUGCCAAAUUCUGCAGCGCCGCUGCCUAACAAUCAACCGAUACCUCCUCCACCCACAGAAAUCUUAAAACAUCCGAUAACACAACCCCCUCUGCCUCCAAUGGAGGUUCAUCAACCACCUCAACCACCACCAGCGGUUGCUCCGCCAACGACAUCCGCUGCGGGUGUUAUUUCAAAGCCAAAGACCACCUCAGCUCUAGCCAAAAGCUUGAGCGUUCCACCGACUGCAGCUACAAUAAUUUCAGCUGAAGCUCGUGUCCUCACCAAAUCAGUAUCAGUUCCUGGGAGUACAAAUGUGGGAACAGUCAAAACAGCAAACAAUACCAUUUCCACAGAUUAUCAAAAGCCACAACCAAUGCAAACCGGUAAUAGUUCCUCCGCAGAUUCAACGACAGGAAAUGUCUCUUCCGCAACUGCUUCAGUUUCCGAAACAGGAGGUGGUGGCAAACGCAAUGAAAAAUCGCACAAACACAAUCACCGCAGCACCAGCGACGACAAGAAGUUAUCCAAGAAUGACAAGCGGAAAAAUUCAAGCUCUUCUCAAUCGCAAUUGUCUCAGGCUUCCGCUGCAGAGUCCAGUGACGCUGAUGAGAAAGAUUUUGAACACCGCAAAGAACGCGAGACUACUAGAGCCGAAAAGCAGCAGAAAGAGCGCCAAGAAAAACGUGAGAAAGAAUUGAAGAGACAACAAGAUAGAGAAGAGCGUGCCCGAGAGCGAGAGCGUGAAAGGGAAGAAAAGGAGAGGCACGAGAAGGAAAGGCAUGAAAGAGAGCGCUUAGAAAAGGAAAGACUUGAAAAGGAACGUCUGGAAAAGGAGCACUUGGAGCAAGAGCGUCUGCAAAAGGAGGAAGAGAAGGCGCGAGAAGAACGCGAGCGAAAAGAACGCGAAAGGAAAGAGCGUGAAGAGCAAGAGCGAAAAGAACGCGAAGAAAACGAACGCAAAGAGCGAGAGAGAAGGGAACGUGAGGAAAACGAAAGAAGAGAACGGGAAGAGCGCGAAGAAAGGCUGCACAGAGAAAGGAAGGAACGUGAAGAAAAUGAGCAGAGGGAAAAAGAGAAAAUUGAGAAACAGCGUUCCAAAGAGGAAAAAGAUCGAGAACGUAGAGCACAGGAAGAAUCGACAACAGACCAAAAGCGUGAUCAUCUUUUAAAAGAACACCAGCGACGAAAAGAACAAACAACAAAAUGUACUGCAACUGAAACGCCAGCGGCGAUAAAUCAAGCAACACAUGAUAUUUUUCGCCAUGGUGAUACAGAGAGGCACAACAACAAGGAAAAUUCCACAGAAGAACCGGAACCUUCCGCAACAAGCAGCGGAAAACAGCACAGAAAUCGCAAAACGUCACGAAAUACAUCACCUGUGCGACAUCCUAAACGUAGGCUUAGCAGCCAGGACAGUAAUGCUAGUAACAACGGCAGCACUGCUGGACCUGCACAUACUCAAAACGAAGAUCAGGCCAAGCGUAUAAAAAUUGAUUCUCAAUCUGCAGCCUCUAACCCGCCACAACAAAGUCACGCCAACAACCACAUUGCAAUAAACAAUGUGGCAACCGAAAGACAAGCAACUAAGGAACAUCAUAGCAAAGAAAGGAGCAUCAAACACAGUCGGCAGUCUUCGUCCUCAUCAGCUCAGAAUAAGGGCAACGUCACAAACUUAAAUGAAAAGGAACACACGCCAAAGCAUCAUCGUAAUAAGCAUCACCACAAGCAACAACACCACAGCAAUCCACAGACACCCCAAGAAACCUCGGAGUUAAAUAUUGCCAAAUGCGAGCCCGAAGCUGUGAUGCCAUCUAACUGCACAGAUAAGAACGAUGAUGAUCAUAACACUGACAAUGACUUGAUGGAGACCAAAACAAAAAACACGCCUUUAAUUUCAUCAGACGAGGAGGAAGCCAACGAAAAUCAAUUGGCAAUGCAAAAUGUAAAUCCAAAAACGCCUUCAGGAAGCCACAAGCAUAAAGAACACGGUAGUGGACAUCAUAGUCGUCACAAGGGUAGUAAGCGAGAUCGCGAACACCAUCGUGAAAAGAAACGACAUUCUACACCUGCUGGGGCAUUGCCUCCUCCUUCUGUUUCAAGUGCGCCAAGUCAAAGUGUGCCUUCUACACAUCCGGAUGUCACGGUAUCCAUAUCGAAUGUUGCUACCGAUGAGGAGGUAAUGUCAUCAUCAUCAGGACAACCUGAUGUUCGAAGAAGAACAUCAAGCCAGAAUAGCUCUAAUCCUGAAACAGCGCAAGGCAAACCUAAACAUGAACAGGCAGCAGAGCGCAAACUAUCGCGUUGCUCGGAUGAAAUGAAUGUAACUCCACAAACGCCUUCAAGUCGACAGAACAGCUUCAAUAAGAGUACACCCCAGUCUAGAAAAAUACUUCUUAGUUCUGCAGAAGACACUGAUGGUGGUGGUGGCAUGGGCUGUGAGGACGACGAUGACGAUUCAGAUGCGGCCAAUAGAAAACAUUCAAUAUUCGAUAUACCCGAUGAAGGACCUUAUGUCUCAAUGUACGAUAAGGUUAAGGCCCGAUCCUGCAAGAAUAUGCAAAAACAGGAAGAAGAGAAAAAAAUUAAAGCCAAAUUUUCCCAACUCAAACAGUCGCGGGCUAAACGUGAAGAGAAGAAACGUUCCACUAGCUAUGAUGGCGAUUCGGACUCGGAAAUUGAGGCUGGCACUGGAGACACACCCAGUCAACGCAGCAACAAUAAUCGCAGCAGUGGCUCUUUUAAAAUGCUCAGUGGUACUUUAACAUCCACAGAUGACGAACAUGAACGGGAAGCUGGUAAAACACCUAGCGACGAUACAAGAAGAAAUUCCCAAGCAUCAUCGUCUGCCACUUCCAUUCACCCGAAUCGCUUAUGUUCAGAUUCUGAUGAUAACUCCGAGAUCCAAAGGCGGCCAAAUUUACAAGACAAUCUGCGAAGGCUGUGUGAUGUUGACGAUAGUUCGGACGAUGACCUUAUUCGCCGAAAUAACUCCAGCAUUGCAAAUAAGCGUCUCCUCCAUCAUACCUCACGCAUUGCAUCGGACUCGGAAUCCCAGUCGCAAUCUGCUGCGGAUAUAAAGUUGAAACAAGAACCCCUCGAGACAUCCAACGAUGACGGUACGUCAACACCUAUUUUGAAACAUUUGAAACAUAAAAUCAAAAAAGAAGUUGACACCACGAGUUCGAUGCAGCCUAGCGUCGGCGACACAACAUCUGCAGUAUUUGAUGAGCUAAAAAUGAAGCAUUUGAAAUCACUACCGCCAUCGGGCGACGACCCUACAGGACGACAAUUGUGCAUAAGAAUUAAAACCGAACAUAACUUGUUGCCUGUGCACGAAAUCAAAAAGGAAUACAACGAUAUCUAUGGCGUGGAUGAGUAUGUGAAUUCGGAGGAAAAAUUCCAAAGGUCUCCUCCGAUGUCCGCCAUUUCGCAACGUUGUUCACCUGAACAGGCCAAAAUUAAAAAACACAAGAAGAGUAAAAAACGCCAAAAGACACCUACACAUGACUCGGCUUGCGUCAAAGAGCAAAUCACAUCCUCCGAAAUUUUAUCGCAAAAUUCUCCAACAACAGCAGCUACUAAUGCCACGGACACCAUGUCGACAGCUCAGGCAUUUGGCAAAAGUGUCAAGCAUUUGCCAUCUUCACCCAAUUACGAUCCAUUUGAUGAAUUGAAAAAUUCUGAGACCUCAGUCAUUCACAGCACAGCAGACGCGCUGGCUUCCGUGGUAACAGGGGAGAAAAAGCGUCAUAAAGAUCGCAAGGAGAAGAAACGAGAGAAGCUACGCCACAUGAGUGCUGACAUUGGUGGUCAAGGCUUAGAAAUGGAUAAACUGUAUGAGAAGGAGAAACAUCACCGACUCAAGAAAUCGAAAAAAUCAAAGAGUCUAGAGCUAAUGCGACAAGCGUCGACACAAAGUCAAGCAUCAGUGCUGGGAAUGCAAUUGACCUCCACAUCACCAGCUUCAGCUGGUAGUUUUACGCCUCAACACAAACAACAAAGAAGCGGAGGUGAAAAAAUGGAAGAUAUUUUCGGGCCCAUAUCGGACGAUGAGGAAGAAGAAAUUAUGACCGAUAGCGACCAUGCCUCUAGAGACUUGAACUGUUUGCCCAAUCGCAAUGCAUCGUCCUCUAAUGUGACGGGACCCAUUGCCUCAGCAGCCCUGAAUCCUUAUAAACAAGAACCGCUUACACCCAAGUCACACACGGUGGAAGAGAAUGAGGAAAAUAAACAAAAGUGUCCAUCAUCCAUAGGCACACCUCAUUUGGAUAGAGCGGCCGAGCGUCAGCAUCGCAAGGAAAAACGUGAAAAGAAACGAAAGGAGCGCGAGAAGUCAAGAGGUGGUGGUAGUAUGGAACAAAACCAAGCAGCAACUACACAAUUUGCGCCAUCUCCUGCUGCUGUCACUGCUACUAAACCCUUGGAAGAUGAGAACAGUGUGGAUUUGGAUGCAGCUGGUCGAGCCUUGGAGGCACAACUAAUGGAAGAUUCCGAUAAUAAAACAACUGAAGAAGCAACACCUUCAACGGCAACAACUUAUCGUAGUGACAUGACCGAUGUGUUCCGUUUCUCGGAUGGGGACGAAAAUUCAUUGGAAGUGGGCCCAGUCUCUAAAUCUGAUAAAAAGGAUACAGAAAAAGAGCACGUGCCUACGUCCAGUGGCAAAACAAAGAAGAAAAAGAAGAAGCGUUCCAAGGAAGAGAAACAACUGCAUCAACAACGUCGCGAAUCCUCAUCAUCGAAUGCUUCACAACAAGCUGCCGCUGCUGCUGGUUCGACAAGUGUUUGCAGCAAUAUCGUAGCUUCUAAAUUAACAGUUGACAUUCAGGCCGCUAACAAACAUGCACAGAAGGCAAACGCAGAAGAACAGCCGACUACAUCAGCGACAUCACCACUGUGUAAGCCAUCACCCAGUCUACCUUGCCUUAUUGGUGAAGAUGACGAGGACAUGGCAUCAACUGCCGCAGCUACACUGCAAGGCACAAAACUUAACGCCAAUGCCAACACAACCUGCAAUACACCUCAUCGGACGUCUAAAGAUUUACUUUCGCUUUCUCCCCAUAUGAGGGACAAGCAAAUGAUCAGCCCUAUACCCAAAACUCCAACCAUAAGCAAUACUAGUGGCCUUAGUUCAACAGAUAAUUUGAGAAAAUUAACGCCGACAACUCCUACCUCAUCUGUAACUGUAGACGGUACUGUGCCCGAUACAACUACACCAACGUCUUCCAUGGGAAGUGCUGCGGCUGCUGCGGUGGCAGAUAGCGCGAGCAAAGCGACCACAGACCCCACUCAGACCUCACCAACAAUACCAAAUGCAGUGACAUCACCACCGUCCAGCAACAGCAGCAGCUCCACCACUUCGAUGCCCGCAGCUCAAAAGAAAAAGCCCGAUAUUUUCAUACCUGGCUUUGACGGCGAAAUUGAUGAAAAGAUCAGCGAGUCUGCCGUACAAUCAAUAUCUGCGGAAUUCAAUCCGCCAUUAGACCCAACAGCCGAUGAGCCCAAAAUACCGGUGGAAUCUCCUCCGGAUUCAUCAAAACUAGAAAAACUUGAAGAGUCAAAAUCGCGAGCAACCAUUUCGCAAGAAGAGACUGAAAGUGCAGUUUCUGCAUUGCUUGGAGAAAGCUUUGGCAAUUCCUCUGCAGACUACUCAUUCAACGAUGAUGACGAUGUUCCUUUGGAAGAUUUGAACACGGCAAACACCGACCCCGAACCCAUGUCAAUGGGCACGGCAGAGCAAGACGAAGAAGCUGCAUUGGCUGCGAAGGCCAUUGAGUGUGAGUCUGCCAGUGCUACCAUUGCCGAUGUGGGUGAUGAGGAUUCCGAAGAAGUUAACAAAGCUGUCCAAAGUCUGCGACAAGAAGAGUUGGAAAUCAAAGUUGAUACACCACAGUCGGUCAGGGAUCUUCAGAUUGAUACAGAUACCGAAGAAAAUCCCGAUGAAGCGGACAGUAGUGGCAGUCAUAGUUUGAAAAUUGACGAGACAAUUCAAUCCAAUACCAGUUCAUCAAUAUCGGAGAAGGCCAACAGCACAAAUUCUACAGCUGAUCAAGAACAAGUGGAGGAAGCAUCUUCGACCACCGCUCCGGAGGCGGCUUUGCUGCAACAGUCUACAGUAAUAACUAAAGUAGAACCUAUGGCCAAGAAUGUUGUGAACACGGAGCUGAAAAUUGAGCCCCCCACAAUAACAAAGCAAGAUCAACCUGCUGUUCAGCCUGUUCAAUCAGUUAUACCAACACCCUCCUCAUCAACUGAGAGGGAUUUAGGUGUUGCUGCGACUGCAGCUUCUUCAACACAGAGGACCUCAACUUCCGUGUCGGCGUCAACGUCAAUGUCAACGUCCGUUGCCACAAUAACAACUUCCUCCUCAAAUCUAUCGAUGUCUUGUACGUCAACGCCCAUAAAAACGGCAUUUACUUUUGCCCCAUCUACGUCGACACCAUCUACCCCAAAGCAGGCAGCAACACCCCCACCACCGACAUCCUCGGCCGUGAAGCCAUUGUCUUUAUCAUCGCAGGGUUCGAUCUCAAAUUAUACCAUGCAACCACCUACUAUUACUAUUCCUGAAGCAACUGGUCAUUUCGCGGUGCCACAAAUUGUUUUAUCCCCUAGAGGAGUGGUGACAGCGCUAACUGAUUCUUCCUCUUCUUCGUCAUCUUCGUCGCUCAUCCAUUCUCCACAACCGGGCGGCCAUCAUAUCCCACCACAAUCACCCAUUGGACCGGCCUAUAUGAUAGGUAUGCGGGCACCUUCCCCCCAUAGCCCUCGCAAUACAUCACGUGGCAAUACGCCUACACCAAGGCAGCAAAGUCCACAUACUCCAACUGCACCUACUGCUAUGCUUGUAACACCGCAACAGCAGCAAAAUAUACUCAUUCAAAGGGCAACGGCGACGGUGCAUCAACAACAACAGCAGCAGCAGCAGCAAACAUUAGCAUCGCCCACCAUUCAUAUUCAGACACCUCAAAUGAGCAGUCCAAUGUCCAGCCCUAACACGCAGUCUCCACGUGCACAACAUUUGGUGGCGGCGGCUCCAUUGCUAGGCAGCAUGCAAAAGUCAUCCCAGCAGAAUUCACCUGGAACUCCGGAACAGCAUAUGAUUAAAAUCAACAACUAUUCCACUCCUCCCGCUCAAACAGCCAAUAUUGUAAAUAUUAGAUUGCCCGCCGCCCAGACACCGCAACAUCAUCCUCAGCAACAGUCUUCGCCUCAGCAGCAAACUAAACCGAUCAGCGUCGAACAGCAUCCUGUGCCAAUGGGACAGCAUAUUCUGCCCAUUUCGGUGCAAAAAAUGCCACCGGUUCCAACACACCCUACCAUUAUAAGUAAAGUUGUUACUGUAACACCACAGCAGGCACAGCAGUCCACCAUUCAGCCUGGUGCCGCCACUGGGCAACAACAAUCCCCAAAAUCGUCUUUAUAUUCACCACCUUCACCCAGGCAGCCUGCACAAAUCAUACAGCAAAUAGGAAAAACUGUUGUCCAACAGCAGCAACAGCAGCAGCAACAGAAUGCUCAAAUGCAAAUGAUUCAACAACGACAGCAGCAACAUCAGCAACAGCGUCAACAAAUGCAACAACAUAUAAUACAAAUGCAACAUCAGCAGGCUUUGCACCAACAACAUCAAAAACUGCAUCAAUCAAUCACUUCGCCGCAGCAACAUGCACCUUAUGCAUCUUCAGCACAGCAGCGAGCCAUGAAUUCGCCUCAGCAGCAGCCUCAACAACAACACCCACACACACAGGCGCCACAACAGCCAUCUAUGCAUCAGCAACAGCCCCAACUGAAGGCUCAACAGCAGUAUCAACAUCAGCAACUGCUGACAGCCUCCCCAACAUCCCAAAAUUCACCCACACAACUACAGCAGAAUGUUAUACAAACGCCCUCAACUCCACAAAGGUUCUUGGUGCAGCAGCAUAUUGUAGGCAUUCCAUCGCAUUUACAGACUGCACAACAGCAACAAGUGGUAGCGUCUCAGCAUCAACGUUCAUCUCCGACCAUUCAACACCACCAGCCGCAGUCUUCUCCCAUAUACGGAAAAUCUGUUCAACAGCAACAAGCACAGAUGCAGGCUCAACAAAUGCAUGCUCAGAGCCAGCCACAGUCAUCGGCUACGGCUCAAACAUCUUCGCCCAUUUCUGCACAGCAGGAUAAUUCUAAACCUAGAGCACCAGUACCCAGUGAAGCACCCUCGCCACCACGUGUUAUAGUCUCGGCAACACAACCAAAUGCAACGCCAUCCAAGGAUUUGGCAGCAGUUGCGGACCAUACUGAUGUUGAAAAACAAACCUCUGCAUCAAGUAUGACGCCCAAGCAAUCAGAGGGCGUUUCAGUUAUAAGAACACCUACCCCAACGACUCUAGCUCCAGUGACAGCAGCUGCAACGACCAUAGCAACUCCCACACCAAUCAAAGAAACUUCAACAACUGCCCAAGUGUCCACAACAUCUGCCGCCAAUCCAGGCUCAAAGUCGGCUCCUCUAACCGAAGAAAAUGUCAUUAAGAUAUCACCACCCAAACAGGACGAUAUUGAACAAGACUCAAAAGAGGACAGCGACUAUUGGUCGGCAAAGGAACUGAAUAUGGUCGAUGUAGCAAAUGCAACAGCUUCGAAUACCAAUACUAACACUUCUAAUGUCAGUACUGUGAUUAAGAAGAAUGAAACCGUCUCAUCUGCAACGGCACCAAUACCAACGACUCAGACUUCCACCAAGGAGAUUGAAACAAAGACCGCUUCAAAACCAUCACCAGUUGAUGAUACCAAAGCAGAAGGUAAUGGCAACACGCAGGAAUCAAACAAACCAUUGACUGUUAAUGCGGCGCCAAAUGUUGCUGCUAGUGUUGCCUCUACAUCUGCGCCGUACAAAGCGUCAUCCGGUAAUGUUACAACUGACCAUGACACGGAAGAUGAAACAGAAACACAACAAAUGCCAGCAUUUGAACAAGUCUCUGUUCAAGGCAGACCCAAUACCAGGGGUGGAACUGGAGCUAAACGUGGUCGACAACCAAGAGGUGGUAAAAAAGGAGCGGCGGCAGCAAACGUUGCUACGACGAAUACCUUGGUGGUUAGUCAGUCUCAAGACAUUGCUCCAGCGGGAGUACAAACCAGGCUUAGAAAACCAAAUGCCACCACACCCGCAACACGAGGACGCAAAGGCAGGCCACCAAGGAAUUUGUUACUACAACAACAGCAGCAGCAGCAGCAAACGCAACCACAACAACAGCAAGAUCCUCAGGUUCAAAGUGCUAUAACCAGAACAUCGGGAACAAAUGCUUCUGCGGCACCAAUGACUGCAGCUUCCGUAAUGACGGCCGCCGAGAAGAAAGCACGUAGUCAAGCGGUUGUGGCAGCUGCCACAUUGGCCUCGCUGUCUGAGGCUCAUCAACAGGCCGAUGUUUAUGAGUUCCACGAUGACUCUGGAGAGGAAACGGCAAGUAGCGUGACGGUAACGUCGACCACUGCUGAUAGUCGUCCACGAUUGAUUUUAACAAUCAAAAGCCCACAUCAUGCCACUCCUGUGGUCAAGGCCACAGAAAAAUUAAAUCCAGAUCAACAGCAAGCACCGGUUAGUGUCCCAACAUCUACUGCUGCGGCAGAUACACUGCACCAACAAGACACAAGUAUUGGCUCGCAAUCAGAUAGCAGCACUGCAACAGGCGAUAUGAACUCCAGUGUAAAUACUCGAAAAUCUCGUAGAUUACAAGAAAAGGACCGUAGUACCAUAGACGAUAUCAUUGAGGAUGUUGUUCGAAAUACUGCUGUUCCAGGAAGUGCUGGCGCAACAGCACAGCAACAACAGCAGCUACAGCUACAAACCGCACAAACCACAACAUCCAAUGUGCAAUCAGCAGCGUCAACUGCAGCCCCAGCAGCUAAUAUUUUAACAAAUACCUUGCCUAAAGGUGCUCAAACUCCCCCUAGAAGAUCUGGCCGUAACUCGUCGCAACCUAAAACAAAGAUCAUAGCCGAUAACAACAACAUUUCGACUAGUAAUCCCAUUGGAAGACCAAGAAAAUCCAAAGAUCGUAAAAAUACCACAGACUUGGAUAGCGAACCGGUGUCUUCACCACAACCCAAAGCAGUUUCAACAUCUGAAGUUAUUGAUAUAGCGGCGGAUGAGUGUAAAAUCACAGAUGUGACGCCCUCAGUUAGUACUGCCGCUGACAUUGAGACAACACAACCACCAACUACAUCGUCGCCACAAACAACAACUUCAACCAUAACAACAACAACAACAACAACAAUGCAAACAUCAGCUGUGACGACUUCAUCAUCGCAGCCACAGCAAGCCCCAGUAACCGUUGUCGCCAGUACAAUCAUACCACAGCAUCCCAAAAAGAAAGCUUUGGCAGCGGCUGAAAUCGAGUCAUAUCAGAAUCAAACCCCAGGUACACCCAAUGUACAUUCUGCUCUGCCCGCUGGUGGAGUGCCAAUGCUUAAUACAGCCGCCCCAGCCACUCAAAAGACUACCGGUGGAGCUGCAGACUCUGUAAACAAACCUUUAAUAGAUCCUGUUACGGGCAUCGUAUCAGGCCAACAAAUGCAACAAGCAAAGGCAGGUAACCUGCCUAGUGCAACGGCCUCUGCCGCUCAACCUGCUCGAGUUCCAUUGGAUCCCAAGAAAAUGAUGCACGCAGCAGUGGCUGCAGCAACAGCGGAAACUAAUGUGGUUUGUAGUAAAUCAUUACCUAUAUCUGCCCCCACCAUUCAAGGUCCGGUGGCAACACCAAUUACUGCCUUGAGUAAACCAGUCCAGGCAGAAAAUGUCGCAACGGCGUUACUUAACAAAUCGGUUAGCGUUGUGGUUAAAACUUCCACUGUGCCGCCAACGCCGUCUUCCACGGCAGCCGUAAUGGUGCAACAAAUACAAAUGAAUCAACACAGUCAGCAGCAGCAUCAACAUCAACAACAACAGCAAGGUAGAACUGAUAUCUCAACGCCCACAAAACAACCCAUUAUAAUGCAGCAACAAGUGCCCCUGGUAAUGCAUGCACAGCAUAGCAAUGUCCGACCGCCAACUAGUCUGAAAGCUCAUGUAUUAAAUAGCCAAAAACUGCAACAACAGCAUCAGCCCCAACAACAUGUAACGCAACAACAUCCAUCGCAACAACAGCAACUAAUGGGAAUGCCUACAACUCCAAUGAGUCAACAGCAGCAGCAGCAGCAACAACAUCAAGCACCCCAGCAUAAACAAAAUCCUCAUCAUGUUUUACAGCAAACGGCGCCGCUACAAACUGUCACAGCUGUUGGUGGUCAUGUUAUACAGUCAAGCAUUGUCCAACGGCAAACACCACCACAGCAAACUGCACAAAUUCAAGCUGCCAAACAACAGCUGUUGGUUAAUAUUCCGCCAACGACACAGCAUUCCUCACACACAAACACAAGUGCAUUGAAUUCGCCCCGUCUACAGCAGCACAAUCAGCAGCAGGUGCCACCUCAACAGCAUAUGCAACCACAUCCCAUGACUAUGCAGCAACAACAACAGCAGCAGCAACAACAACCGAUCAUAAUUAAACAAGGCCAAGAGUUACAUCCCUCUCAGAUACUACAUGUUGUCAGUUCAAAGACAACGCCUCCAACUCCUAAUAAAACACCACUGAUUUCCACUUCAUCAGCGCUACACCACAUGCAGCCAUCACCCACAAAUCAGCCCUUCAAUCCAUACAUGCAGCAGGCUCCACCGCCUUCUCAGUCUCAACAUGCAUCGCAUCAAUCAGCUGCAAGCGGUCAAACGCAGAAGACUACAACUUCCUCUUUAGUUCUGCCGGGACUAAUGGGUCUUCCCACGCAUCCAGCUAUGGUCAUACAGACAAAAACUUCCGCUCCCGCACCUUCACCAUCCGGAUCAUCUACAAAUAUCAGCCAUUUGCAGCAUCCAUCAAAGCAUACGCCUUCACCGCCAUUGCAACAAGUUCAGCAUUUAAGUAAAGCUCCCAGCAAUCCCAUGCUUCACACUCUGCAAGCACAAGGUGUGGCCAGGGUUAUGAACGCUGUUGGUUCGCCGCCACCCACGACGGCCAAGUCAUCGCCUCAGCAAACAACGAUAAAUACGAACAUUGUGGGAGGUUCAAAUGUACGCACCACCGUACCGACGAUAAGCCCACAAAGUCAAGCCCGCAUGGCAUCCAUUUUGCUGCCAGGAGGUAUGCAAUUACCAUCACACUUUGAGGCCAGCAUGCAUGAAAUGAACACGUUCGGUAAUGGUGGUAAGGCAGUUGUACGUAAUACACACAGUCCUCCGCCAGCUCAUCAACAAGCUUCUCCAAUAACGCCGAAUGAAGCUACUUUCCCGGGAGGACCUAUACGCGGUGUACCUACGCGGGAGCAUUUGAUGAUUUAUCAGCAAAUAUUGCGCCAACAUGAUGCUCUCAAUCCCGCAAGCCUAGGCGCAUUUGAUGAGAAAUUAUUGGGCAGUAGUCCCCCGCUGGAAUUGAGAAGGCCAGGAAGUGUGCCCAGAACUGUGGCAGUACCGCAUAGUCUACAAAGUCCUCAGGACCGAGCAACAGAUUCGCCACAAGUGGCUCAAGUGUAUGUCCAUAAUACUCGCAUACCCUCCCACUCACAUUAUGAUGUAACUGGAAGAGCCCCACCAGCUGGAGGUCCACCGACGUCGUAUUAUGAUCCUGCCCGACAAAUUACCUUAGAACCUCCACCCGCUCACAGAUCUGCAACAGCGCAUAGUGUUGUGGCACCUCCACCAACAGUUGUGGUACCCCAUCCCUCAACGGCGACAAGUAGUCCCUUCAUGGCGUCGGCACCACCAGGUACAGUAGUGCCACCAGUGCCGCUUUCGGGAGCGCCAGCCACUAUGCAUCAUCCUAAAGUGAUUUUAGAAAGGGAAAGGGAACAACGAGAAAGGGAACAACAGUUAUUGCGCGAAAAGGAUCAAAUGCUUGCCAGAACAGGAGGAGACAUACAUGGUAUGCAAGUGUCAGCUUCACCAUCUACUGCCCAUCAAUUGCCACCUCCACCGCAUGCACAAGGUCCGCCACCACCACACGCAGACUCAUUGUUGACGCUGCUGCAAAGAUAUCCCGUCAUGUGGCAAGGUCUGCUGGCACUGAAAACCGAUCAGGCGGCGGUACAGAUGCAUUUUGUCUUUGGCAAUCCGCAUGUGGCUAGGGCAUCUUUGCCUUGCAAUGGUGAUGGAAGCACUCCGCCCUUACGCAUAGCACAACGCAUGCGUCUGGAACAAACCCAGCUGGAAGGAGUUGCUAAGAAAAUGCAGUUUGAAAACGAGCAUUGUAUGCUGCUAGCUUUACCCUGUGGUCGUGACCAUGCAGAUGUUUUGCAGCAAUCCCGAAAUCUACAAUCAGGUUUUAUAACCUAUUUGCAACAGAAGAUGGCAGCAGGAAUUGUAAACAUACCAAUGCCUGGUAGUGAACAGGCUGCCUAUGUGGUGCACAUUUUCCCCUCAUGUGAUUUUGCCAAUGAGAAUCUGGAGAAAGCAGCACCCGAUCUAAAGAAUCGUGUGGCUGAUAUUGCUCAUCUAUUGAUUGUAAUAGCUACAGUGUAAAAUUCAAAACUAACAGUGAUAGAAACAAGCAAACAAACCCAAAUGUGAGUAACCAACAACAUGUAAGACAAGACAAAAUGUCUAGAGAAAAAAACGGUUCAAACAAAAGUGGAACUUAUGUCCCCCCGUGACAUAGAUCCACCUACAACCGAUGAUGAUGAUGUAUAAGACUAGAAAUGAAACCAAAUUAUGCAGAAAACCCCACACAACAAAAAAAAAGAACUUGUAAUUUAUUUAAACAACAAAAAAAAAUGUAGCAUGAUUUCAUGCUUUAUUCAUAUACAAAAAAAAGAAAAACCACAAUCAAUGUGUGGUCGAAAGUUUAAGAAUGAAAGAAAGAAUGUAAUUAAAACCACAACACACACUAUGUAGCAAAACAAAUUUAAUAAAAAUAAAACAAACUAUACAACAUUUUUAACAAAAAAAAAAGAAAAACAAAAAAAUAUUACAAAAAAUGGUUAAAAUAAUAAUUAAAUUUAAAAAAAAAAUCAAGAUUUAACCAGACAAAAUGAAUAUCUUAAAACAAAUGUAUAAAAUGAUAUAAAAACCCUAAACAAACACGGAUAUACAUACGAGUACAUAUAUAAUUUAAAUCCCUUUCCCCUGUACUAUAUAUACACACCCACACGAACCAACCCAUACAAAAAAAUUAAAUGUAAUUUUUAAAAUAAUAACGAA